CAUAAUUAUCAGGAGCAGAAUAUUGUUAAAAUCUUUCAAAAUAUAUGUUAAUCUAAAUAGCCUAAAGCAGUAAAGCUUCUAGUACGUUCUUAAAAGACACCUAGUGGAACUGGUGGACGUGACUUCUUCAGUGACAAUAAUGGCAGAACCAAGCCUUUAUAAGGAGCUAUUGAAGAGCGUUAGUUUUGGGAAAGAAACACGUCAAUUUUAUGACUUGACACGUUUUGGAGAAAAAUAUGAACGGCUGCCGUUUUCAAUUAGAGUUCUUUUGGAGAGCGCCGUUCGAAAUUGCGAUGAUUUUCAGGUGAAAAAACAGGAUGUAGAGAAAAUUCUAAAUUGGGAGGAGAAUCAGACAAUUGAUGAAGGCGUUGAAGUUGCAUUUAAACCAGCUAGAGUCAUUCUACAAGAUUUGACGGGGGUACCAGCAGUUGUUGAUUUUGCUGCUAUGAGAGAUGCUGUAAAAAAUCUAGGAGGCGAUCCAGAUAAAAUAAAUCCCAUUUGUCCUUCAGAUUUGGUUAUCGAUCAUUCUGUACAAGUUGACUUUAGCAGAAGUGGAGACGCAUUGAAGAAAAAUGAGGAAUUAGAAUUCGACAGGAAUCGCGAGAGAUUUAUAUUUUUGAAAUGGGGUGCGAGAGCUCUUCACAAUAUGUUAAUUGUACCGCCAGGAAGUGGAAUUGUUCAUCAAGUGAAUUUGGAAUAUUUGGCACGAGUUGUUUUCGACAAAGAUGGUUUUCUCUAUCCGGACAGUGUUGUUGGCACGGAUUCUCAUACAACGAUGAUUAACGGCCUUGGAGUUUUAGGUUGGGGUGUUGGUGGAAUCGAAGCCGAAGCCGUGAUGCUUGGUCAAGCAACUUCCAUGUUACUCCCAAAAGUUGUUGGAUACAAAUUAGUGGGAUAUUUGAAUCCCUACGUCACAUCGACCGACCUUGUUCUGACCAUAACAAAGAAUUUACGUCAACUGGGAGUUGUUGGAAAGUUUGUCGAGUUCUUUGGCCCUGGCGUUGCUCAAUUAAGCAUCGCUGAUAGAGCAACGAUUUCCAAUAUGUGUCCCGAGUAUGGAGCAACAGUUGGUUUCUUCCCUGUUGAUAAACAAACUCUCGACUACCUGGAACAAACUGGCCGAUCUGACGAACACAUUGAAAGAAUAACGAAAUACUUGGAAUCGGUUUAUAUGCUGCGAAAUUAUGACAAUUCAACUCAGGAUCCUGUUUUUUCGGAAGUGGUGACUCUCGACCUCGGAACUGUCGUCUCCAGUGUCAGCGGUCCCAAGAGACCUCACGAUCGCGUCUCGGUGACGAAUAUGAAAAAUGAUUUUACCGCCUGUCUCACAAGCAAGGUAGGAUUCAAGGGUUUUGGUAUACCUCGGGAAAAAUUGCAAGCUGAAGGGACUUUUGAAUUUGAAGGAAAAGAAUACAAAUUGAAACAUGGGUCUGUGGUCAUUGCAGCUAUUACUAGCUGUACAAAUACAAGUAACCCGAGCGUUAUGCUUGGUGCAGGUCUCCUUGCGAAAAAGGCAGUGGAAGCAGGGCUCAGCGUCGCACCUUACAUAAAAACAUCUCUCUCACCUGGUUCAGGGGUGGUGACUUAUUAUCUAAAAGAGAGUGGAGUAUGUCCUGCACUUACAAAAUUAGGUUUUGAAAUUGUGGGUUACGGAUGUAUGACCUGUAUUGGAAACAGUGGACCACUCACUGAGCCAAUAGUCGAAGCAAUAGAGAAGAAUGAACUCGUUUGUUGUGGAGUCCUCUCUGGCAAUCGUAAUUUUGAAGGAAGAAUUCAUCCUAAUACAAGGGCAAACUACCUGGCAUCGCCUUUACUAGUAAUUGCUUAUGCUAUUGCCGGAACUGUUGACAUUGACUUUGAAAAAGAUCCCUUGGGUCGUAGAUCCGAUGGAACUAACAUUUAUUUGCGAGAUAUAUGGCCAACGAGGGCAGAAAUUCAUGCUGUUGAACAGAGAUAUGUUAUUCCGGCAAUGUUUAAGGAAGUCUAUAGUCGACUCGAGAAAGGUAGCAACACCUGGCGAAGCUUAAAAGCACCUGAAAGCCAACUGUAUCCCUGGGAUUCUGAUUCUACUUACAUAAAAAAUCCACCUUACUUUGAGAAUCUCACCAAGGAACUGCCAAAGCAUAAACCAUUGAUAAAAGCUAGAGUUCUUUUGAAUUUGGGAGAUUCGGUAACAACUGAUCACAUUAGUCCUGCUGGAAGUAUUGCUCGCAAUUCACCGGCUGCGAGAUAUUUAUUGGGUCGCGGAUUAACUCCAAGAGGUUUUAAUUCCUAUGGAGCUCGCAGAGGCAACGAUGCAGUUAUGGCAAGAGGAACAUUUGCAAACAUUCGACUUGUAAAUAAAUUCAUCGGCAGUCCUGGACCAAGAACUAUUUACAUUCCAAAUAACGAAGAGAUGGACAUUUUUGACGCGGCGGAAAAAUACAUUAAAGAUGAUACUCCCCUCGUUGUAUUGGCUGGAAAAGAAUAUGGAUCAGGUUCAUCUCGAGAUUGGGCAGCGAAAGGACCAUUCCUUCUUGGAAUCCGAGCAGUAAUCGCUGAAUCGUACGAAAGAAUUCAUAGAUCCAAUCUUGUUGGUAUGGGUGUCAUUCCAUUGCAAUAUUUGCCAGGUGAUACGGCGGAAACAUUAGGAUUAACAGGAUUUGAACAAUUUGACAUUAACAUUCCAGACGAUAUUCAGCCAGGACAAAAUAUCACUGUCAACACUGAUACUGGUAAAGAAUUUAAAGUAAUUGUACGUUUCGACACUGAAGUUGAUCUUACUUAUUACAACCAUGGAGGAAUUCUUAAUUAUAUGAUCAGAAAAAUGCUUUGAUAAGAUUGUGACAAUUUUUAUAUUUUUGAAACUGAUUUUUUAAAACAGAUUAUUUUUAUUGUUUUCAAUGUGGUUUAAUCAAGUUUUUUGUUUCAUAUUUUUCAAUGUAAUUAAUGUGUUAGAAAUUUUUAUAAACAAUGUAGAACAAAAUAUUGUAUUUAGUUAAAUUUAUGUUUUAGAAUUUGUCACAAGAUUUUAUUUCGUUCUAUUUUUUACAUAUCUUAUUCGGACUGACUUUAUUUUAUUGACUAUUUUUAUAUAUAUAUACAUAUAUAAAUUAUGUGAAUAUUUUUUAAAUAGUGUACGAAAUUAUAUAAAACUAAAUUAAAUUAAAUUCUUAGUCAUUCAUUCAUUUACAGACUUUUUCAUUUCUUUCUAAUUCCUAAAUACUCUUAAAAACGUUUUUUAAAGAAAUUCUUAAAUUAAAAAUUAUGAAUUAAAAAAAAA